AUGGGAAAUAUUGUUGAUACGAUUAAAGCACAGCAAGAGAAAAACGAGGCUGAAACAGUCGAAAAGCUUCAAACGAUCCAUAAUAUGAUGGUCGACAAGAUUGCCUCGUCAUCAGCGAAAAUGCAGAACGACGCGAUUGAAGACAAGACCCUUCCCAUUGUAGCGGUCAUUGAUAAAUCCGAGAAAUACAAAGUCCACGUGAGAACCGCCCCUUCCAACGAUGUCUCAGAUGGCAUCAACGAUCUGCUGAGUGGAGAUUUUCUUGGAGGGCUGAAAAGCUUGAUCGGCGUGGCUCUUAACGAGUUUUUGGGCAACGCAUCAGCCGGCGAAACCGAAAAGAAUGACUUUCAUGUCAUUUACGCCAACAACAGCCUCUUGCGUCUCGACUACAUGAUGUACAAGUACGAAUUCUCCUCGAAGGGGUUAAAAGAUAAUUAUGAGAACGCAUUCUGUUACUACUUGCAAGUUGGUGUCCUGGACCUGGAGAAAGUGAACUCGCAGAUUUUGCUGUAUGAGCUGACCAGAGCAAUCGGCGAAGACCAUCUCCCAGACGCCGCACAUCACUUGGCCAGCCUGGCUAAAUUUGCCAAGGAGCUGUACAGCACGGUUCAUGAGUUGAAGACCGCGGCAAUUACAGGCGGUGGGGCGGCUCCCAAUCCCAAUCCCAAUCCAAACCCCAAUCCCCCCUCUGGCGGGAAUAAGGAGGGGGAGGGGUAUUCGGCGGGCAACAGCAAGUGCAAGCAAGACAUGCCUCCAGCUUUGGAUGCCAUCGAUAGAGAAGUGCGUGUUUUCGCAGAAGAAGAGAAAGAGAUUGAGGGACAGGGAAUGAGGAGGACGGAGGAGAUUGGAGUCAUUGUGGUGGAGAAAGAGAUACAGGCUUCACAAUAA